AUGUCUGCCUCCCUCGUGCCUGCUCAUGUCCGGCCUCGAGGCAUUGACUUCAGCCUGUCGACGUGUGGGGAGACCCAGUGCAACUCUCGUGGGACGUGUGUGUCUCCCCCAGGAGGAGGCACAGGGCUGCUGUGUGAGUGCUCACUCGGAUACCGGGGCCAGUCCUGUGAGAAUAGGGUGAACGGGGGCCUCAGCCUGCCACUCACCCUCAGUGUCAUCGGAGUAAUCAUCGGACUGCUGCUUUUAGCCUUCAUCAUCGCAAAGAUAAGACAGAGGCUGAAGAAGAAUCAAAGGCGGCAACUGGCAGCAAGACAAGGCUACAAUAUUGCAGUAUGA